GCGUGAGGUUCGAGCCCGUCCCUUCCCGCUUCCGGCACGGUGUAUACUGCGUCGUCCAUACAGUGCGCGCGCCAGAGGAAGAGAGUCUCCAAGUUUCACGUGACGCAUCGCGACGCCAGGCUGCCGGCACGAGGAGCACCCAUCGGCACCGACAAGGGAGAUACGUCCUCGUUCCGUGAGGCAGCUAGGAGAGACUUUCGACUCUUCUCGAGGAAUCACACGCCUCACGAUGAGUCAUGGCACAAGCUAUAAUCGUGGGAUGGUGAACAAUUCGCCCUGGCAGAACAUAGGAUCCGGCUAUUCCAGUGCCAGUCCUCCUGGCACCGCUUCUUCCGGGAGUAGCACGAAUUCCCAGUGCUAUGGGAAAUCCCCCGACGAGCUCAGCGUCGACUCCCUGAUCAGCAGCCUCCUGCAGGUCGUCAACAGCGAGAACUUUGGCACCUGCGGUCCCUGCUUCCCAUCGAACGGAAACUUUGGCGGGAUCCGCAGCCACGAGUGCAAUGAUCCUUUCUGCGACACGUGCUUAUCGAAGAGCCACGUGGUAAGCGAGAAUCGCGUUCGCCCGCUUACCGGUGGAUGGGGUCGACCCACCGGGAACCGCAUGUACGAGCACCCGCCGAAGAGCUCGCCGAUCGAGAUCCCGAGUCCUCCUGCGGCUCCUCUCUCCAGCUCUCCGCCGGCCUCUGUCAGCCUCUUCUGCGACGUUCAUCGAGACGCUCAGAGAUUUUAUUGUCAAACCUGUAGCCGACCUCUGUGCGGAGAAUGCGGCAUCAAUCACCAUCAGGGCCACCUUACGGUCCACCUCAUGGAGGCCGUCGAGAGUGCCGGGGUCCAGGCGAACCAGGUCAUGAACGACGCCAGGGUGGGCAUCAACGUCCUCAGGGAGGACCUCGACGCGGUACAGAUGGCCGCAGAUGCUCUCGAACAGAAGGCUCGCCAAGCCAGGGCGGACGUUAUGCUGUGCAUCAGAAGGGUCGCUUCCGCAUUGGACGCUAGGGAGAAGGAACUCCUGGGCAGAAUCGAGAAGGCCAGGGUCAUCAAGUACACCGCCCUGAAGGCGAGGGACGAGGGCCUCAGGAGUGGGAUCGCGCGUCUAUCGAGGACCGUUGAUAAACUCACCGACGCCAUGGAAACGUCCACCCUGGCCGGAAAUCCGAUGGAUCUCUUGGUUACCAAGGAUCUGGCAUCUGCCGAGACGCGGGAAUGCUUCCAGGUCUUUCAAAUCCGCCAGUCCCGGCAGGGGUUGCCUCCUCCGGAGGAGAACUGGAUCUCGUUCACCGAGCCCGAGGGUAACGUGCUCCACGCGAUCGCUAAUCUGGGAUCGAUCGUCGUCAACAACCCUGGACCCAUUGGAGAUCGACGCACCGUGAGAGGACAGCAAAAUGCUGCCUCCCCACAGAGGUAUCAGGUGCACCAGGGCCAAGGACAGACGAUUCCCCUGGGACCCGUGCCCAGAGGUCGGCCGAUCCCGUCCAGCACGUUCCCGGUGACCGUCAGGGCCUGCAGGAGCGCCCAUCCUUGCAUCGUUAAGCCUCUCAACAUCGGGAACAACGGAAACGACCGCGACAACCUCUGCAGACCCUGGGGCGUGGCCUGCGACAAGGAGGGCCACAUAGUCGUCGCCGACAGGUCGAACAAUCGCAUUCAGAUUUACCGCCAGGAUGGCACGUUCGUCAGGAGGUUCGGCACACAUGGCACGGCCCCCUGUCAGUUUGACAGACCCGCCGGGGUCGCCGUUGAUGCCAGACGACGCAUCGUCGUCGCGGAUAAGGACAACCAUCGUAUUCAGAUCCUAACCAUGGAGGGACUCUUCCUCCUGAGCUUCGGCGAGAAAGGCAGCCGAUGCGGCCAAUUCAACUACCCUUGGGACGUGGCAGUGAACUCGGAGUGCCAGAUCGCCGUCUCGGACACGAGGAACCAUCGCGUGCAGCUCUUCAGCCCGGAGGGGAUCUUCCUGAGAAAAUACGGCUACGAGACCACUCCCAGCAUGUGGAAGCACUUCGACUCGCCGCGUGGAGUCGCCUUCAACCCGGAGGGCAACGUCGUAACCACCGAUUUCAACAACCAUCGCGUGGUAGUCAUCGACUCGGACUUCCUCAACGCCAGGAUCCUCGGAUGCGAGGGCGGAAACGGGACCAAGCAGUUCCUCCGACCCCAGGGCCUGGUCAUCGACGACGAGGGCAACAUCGUCGUCGCCGACUCGAGGAAUCACAGGAUUCAGGUAUUCGACUCGGCCGGCACCCUGAAGUGGAAAUUCGGCAGCUACGGGAAAGGACCCGACGAGAUGGACCGACCUUCCGGCAUCGCUCUGAGCCCCGAUGGCAGAAUCGCCGUCGUCGAUUUCGGCAACAAUCGCGUCCUACUCCUGUGAAGAAGCAUCGGUUACGCCCUUCGUGGGACUCUUCACCUGGUGGAGAUCCCCUCCUCGACUUCUCAACGCUCAUUUUCUCACGACUAUCAUCGACCACGCACGCACGACUUGCGCGUGCACGCAGUGCACUGCUCCCCUUCAAGGUAUGACGUUUGUUUACAAACGUAACUUAACAUUUAAGUUGCAUACUAACCGGUUGCCCGGCGACAUUCGGUAUUAACGUAACACGAUGUCUGAAUAAGCAUGAAGGGUGAUCCGGGUAUUGGGCGAAGGCUGUUCUAUUUUUAUUUCUUUUACUCUUGAUCUUUCUUUUUAUCUUCUUUUAUGUGAUGCCACGAGAUUUUUUCGAGUUUCAAAAUUCGUUAAUUUGUAAAUUCGGCGGUAAGCCGCGAGGAGUAGCUCUUUCGAUCAACGACAUUCGGACUCGACGAUGAUUGACCGUUUCGAGAGAAUAAAUCCUCUGAGAUUAUUAUUCGACACGUUUACGCGGCGAUACUUUCUUCGGUCGCUUAGCGAUAUCCUGUGGGAAUAUGGUCGACACUUCGAUGUUGUUUCGGUGAGCACUCUAUAGGCACUUUCGAUACGCAGGAGCACAUGAUUCCUGUAGACUAAUUCGGCAGAAAAAAAAAAAUUAAGUCUUUCGAUUUAAGUGUAAAUUCGUGGAAUUCAUUAAAUGGUAUUUUCGUUGCUCCCCGUACGUGAGGGGAAUAAAACACGCGUGAUAAGUUGAGGGGGAAUAGGACAAAAGGGAAAAAAAAAGAUGCAUUAAUUCAGAAGAGAAACUUCUUCGCACUUUGACACCAUGGGUCAAUCGGGAGAUCUUGUACCGAGGCUGAGACUCUGUAACUGGUUCUUUUUAGAGAAAACUUCGAAUCAUCGUUCACACUGUCUAUUCGGUUUCUUAUCGGUACACGGAUAUACAUUGGACGUUUUCAAAGAAGUUAAAAUAAGUACAGGCUUGAUUUUUAUCGAAAUGCUAUACAGAGGGAUAUCUGCUCCAUUGACUUUUUUUCCUUUCCUUUGAUCGAGGUAAAGAGACGAAUAUCAAUUGCAUCCGCACAGUAAGACUGAACCAAGACUGAAUACGAAUGUCAAGUUUCUGUUGUACGUCCGUUCAACAUUAAAACUGAUCAAAGAUGUACCCCUAAUUAAGGAACUUUAUUAUUAGUCGUAGUGGUAGCGAUCGGGUUGCGUUAGAAUCUAAUGCCUAUGGUUUCUUUUCUCGGUCCUCCUAUAUAGAUUAUGUUAAACGCCCUUUGCGAAAGACGUCUAGAGGUAGUGUUGUAUUCGUAAGUCACUUAAUCGAUUCUUAUUGUAAACGUUUUAGAUUUCACACGCUAUUACGUUCCUCUUAAGUUUUAGUAAGUCCGCCCUAUGGCUUCGCCGGUUCAAACGUAGAAUCGGUGCGUUCUAAGAACGCGUUAGAUGAGCACCUCUGCGCGCGCGUCACGUGGAACACUAAAGUUUUGUGUAUAACCUCAAAUGUGAAGUUUCACCGGCUUGUGGCCGCCAUUUUUAGGCAGGUAGCAGGGAAACGCGUCGCGGUUGAAACGGAUAAUGGACCUACGAUCGUUCGAUUUAACUGGGAAAUCGAGAAUUAAUCUUUUUCGGGUCCAACUAAAAAUGGCGACUUCGUGGCUGUUCCGAGGUAUAGAACGUUGUAGUUCAGAGUGUUCCGAGUCGAAUCUCUCAGCCAAAGUGAAGUUGCUCAGCAAGCCUGUCGUUUGGCAGAUUAAAAGACGUUGGUCUUUGUCAUGAUAUAUACAUAUAUAUAUAUAUAUUAUAGCCUAGUCACGUAUCCAAAUCUGACGUUAUUAAUCCGCCGCUUAACGGCGGACGUUAAAUAGACUUCGCGCUUCGGUGCCGUGGGGACGCCAUUGUCCAUGCAAUGUCGACGAGCCGAGGCAAUGGCGGAGACUCGGUUAUAUUAUUGGUGUUAAUGUUUAUACGUAGUUGCUCGCUUUCUCGCCCGUUUAAAAGAAAUCACCUUUUUGCAACAUCUAAUCGUAUAGCGGCGUUUAGCGAUGCCUUGUGUUAAUCGAGAAAUUAUAUAUAUUCGGGAAUGUUCGACUGCGAAGCUGUCGAGGUUAGGGUUGAGCACCCGGGGAGUUCGCCUAAUUUCAGCCGGUGGACGAGCGUUGUUUGACGAAUUGCAUUUCGAAUGCUGGGGGAAUACGCAGAAAUCAUGACAUAUUUAAGGUGUCGAACUUUUGGACGAGUCUCAUGGACUAUAAACGCUAUUUUCUGCGUGUUCCUUCGAACGUUGCUGUGCUCAACCGUCGUUUCGUCCUCGGCAACUUCGCACGGGACGUUUCCAACGAUCGCGGGUCGACAAAGAAUAGUAUCGUUGUGAUCAUAGUUCCAUUGAUCGAUUGAGUGACUAAAUCGGCUGUAUCGACGAGGAAUGCGAUAACAAGUUGCAAUUUUAGUUCCUUCGAUGUGUCCCACUCCGAGUUGAAGUUAAAUCUCUUUAUGCUUUUUUCCUUUUAUAAUGACUGUAUCAAGAGGGGAUAACUUGUAUCCGAUUGUUUUAUACAAUGACCGACACCGUGCAUAGUUUGUUAGAUACCUUUUUUUUAUUUACGGUCUCGACAAGUCUAUAAUGUUUACUUUCAAUUUUAGGCUAUACCGUGUUCCGCAGUAUGGCUUAGAAUUGUGAUACGAUACGAUCUGUUACGAUCUGUUGCGGUCUGUUACAGCAGAGGCACGCGAAAUUUAAACGUUAUUUUAUAUUUAUUUACAAGCAAGGGACUGGUAUGUUUUUAAUUAAAAUCGUGUCAACCGCCAUGAUCUUUCGUAACUUCUGUCAAUGACUAUGCCGAUAUUCCGAAAGGCCAUACGUGGGUGCAUUCGAGUGCAUUUCAUGAUUUUACUCAUAAGAUUACGAUGUCAUAUAUAGGGCUGGCCUCGGCUAUCGUCUUCCGCAGCAGAUACUUUAUAGUUACCAAUUACACGUGACAUUUAAUGUCUCCGUUACACUUCAACAGUGUCAUGUCCGAUACCGUCAGGCUAUGAUUAACUUUAAUCGUUAUCGUUGUACAAAGCUCAUUUUUGCUAUGACCUCGAGAAACCGAUGUGUCGGCGCGAGGGAAGUCACUUUCCAUAUAAUUUUAAACGUGGAGAAACAAUCUAGGGUGCCCGAUCGGACAAAAAGGCGUUUCGAAUGCGAUAGUACUCCAGUAUUCGGAUUGUGAUUUCACUGUUUGCUUCCGAUGGAAUAACAAUUAUUUUCUUACUCUACACGUGGUGCUCGUCAGCCAUUAAAUGAUGUCGUAUUACCUGAUAUGAUUUACGUGAGAAUAUUUAUAACAUGAAUCGUUAAGGUUCAGACGUUGGUGCUCUUAUAUCGUGCUUUAGGGAUUACAUUAUUGUAUCGGUUCGCUCAGCCAUUGUAACUACAUCCGACUUGCUGUAUAUUCAUACUACGCUCAGCACCUACAUCGAAGUUGACAAUUCAUUUGCCCGUGUCGCUCAAUAUUAGUUGUAACGACCACUUGGUGUCCGAGUCCGCUUAUAGUGUCAGAUGAUGCUUCCGAUUAAUCCUGUAAGCCAUACACCGUGUGAUGAGCAUUUGAUGUUACGAAGUGCACGGCUGUCUUGUAAAAAACAAUAUAUAUAAAAUAACCGCCGAGCUUGCAAGGGAAGAACGAUCCGAGUCGCGUUUGUGCAAUUUUGAGAUAAUUAUGCAGAUCAGCUUGGAAUUAAAUCGGAGUAAUUUCCCCUGAAGAAGUUACAGGUGCUACGUAAACUUUACUCGCUCUCUACUUAAAAUCUUGUAUACAUGUUUUCUUUUUCCUGAAGGUUGGAUCGUUUUUCCCGUGUAAUCUUCGCAUGUCCAGCGAGGGGAUGUACCUUUAAAGACGCGCGUAUGUGUGUGUGUGUGUACAUGUACGCCGAAAAAUCAAUUUUAACGCGCGGUGAGAUAAUUCAUUCCGAACAUUCUGAUGGGUACACUGUGGAAAAUCUCGUUUUGCGAGAGGUUGCAAUGUUAAAGCCCCACGUGGGACGGUGCCAAUGUACAAAGCUAACUUCCGGUUAGCAUUAAUAGCACGUCGGGGGAAGAAUCUCCGGUCGAGCGGUCUCGGUGAAAAAUCGAGAUAAUGCGAUCGGUUUCGAUUUUUUUUUCUCUUUUUUUUUUUUUUAUCAACCGAACUACUCGACCGGGGAUACUUUUUCAGCGUAUGGAAGAGAUUUAGAUGACGCGUUUUCGAUGUGACGGGUAUAAAUACAGAGGUGCAAGACGCGUUUGCGAGUGCACGCGAAUACGUAUGAGUGGAUCGUCCUCAGUAGAGAUAGGAAAAAGAACGUUGAGAUUUCAGGUCUUAAGCUAGAGGUUAUCGAGAAAAUGGCUCGCUCUAUGUCGGUGCUAGAAUUCCUCCGUAGUCCGGUCUGGUCCACUGGUCUGUAUGCAAUCGAUACGGAAGAAAUAUAUAAAGGCGUAUAUUGAUAAGAGUACUGUGCCAAUUAGAAGGGAUAGAGUAGUUCCUUAGUACGGAGGGAAGUCGAGGUGAAAUUCGAGAAAGGAUGUGGACUCUCUUGUACGUAAUCGAUGUUGGAACGGUUGUCGAUGAUCUUUUCACCGAUUUUUCAACAUUUGUGAUUUUAGUUCCGACUCGAUUGUAAAACGGAUCUGCACGAAUUGGGCCCAAUAACGGAUGUGCAUUAUCUUGGGGGGGGUUGACUCACCUCGUGUCAAUGAAAAUUUGCAUAAAGGGCGAUUAUUUGAACGCUAUCAAACGUUUACGUGCAGUUCUGCCUGUGAUACUCUAUUGGGGCGCAAAUGACAACCGACAUUGUACGAUGCAUUGUAUCGUUGCAUCAUCGGGGAUCCUUCGUAAAGAGGAAUUGUUGGCCGUGGGUAAUGUUAGUGCUUUCAAAGUAAUAAGGCGGCUCGAAUUAGGAUAUGUCGCUGCGAGUAUACAGAUAUUAGAGGUACGCCCGACUAUUUAUGAGGAGGUAUCGCGAUUACUGUGCAAAGUUAAAAUCAGUUGACGAGAGAUCCUAAUGCCGAUUUAAGCGAGCAAUUCUCAUUAGCGUUAAUAGAUAAGAGAAUGAGAGAGGGGAAAUAUUCGAGUAGCCUUUAAGCGAGAGUGUCGGAAAAUUCUCAGAUGAAAAAUCAAACGGAUUCUCGCGGGUCCCUUAACGCCACUUGAAACCCUUUACAUUGCGGUGUUUUAUUUCUUACUUAACACUGAAUUUCUUUUUCUUUUUUUUUUUUAACUCGGAGUUCCACCUUCGGGAUCAAAUAAAUUUAAUAUGAAACUCGUCUUAUCGAGGAGCGAUCGAUCUACGGUGACGCUAUUGGACAAUUCUGCGAGAAUCCUCCGGAAUGUACAACUCUUUUUCCGCUACCGGAAUUUACGUAAACAGGGAGAAAAUAAAGAAAGGGGGAGAAAAGGAAACUUUGUAGUACAACGAUCGGCACCUCGGCGGAUAAUGUUAACUGGAUAUUUUUUAAUAACUCUUGUAUACCCGAGAACAGAGGAUAGGUUACUCAACGCGGCGAUGUUAACGAUGCUAUAUUCCGAGUAUUGUAGAGUUUUAGUUGGUAAACAUAUCUGGCUACUUUCUUGUAGAGUGUGUCGAGUGUCGACUGGACGACAGACCAGGGUAGAGGAAAGGACACCGACAACAAAAGCGACGUUGUUAAAUGUGUGGCCUUGCGAGAAUCGCCGGUUUUGUUUGGGAGGUAUUUCGUUUCCUAACGAGGACGGAAGACGCUGAAAGCAAGGAGAAAGAGAGAGAGAGAGAGUAUUAUUUAUGGAUUACGGCUGUGGAGGUGCGAUUCGACGAGCAAUAUUAUACCCUCUCCGCUGCGUGGGUGUCUAGGAAAGGCGAAUUACGGUUUUUGACGAGGAAUCGGGAAGGCGUGAUCUUCAAAAAAAAAAAAGAAAAAUCUUUAUACGGUUCCAUCCGACGAUUCCUGCUCUCGGAAACGCGAGAUCCUUGAUCGACGCCGACGAAUAUUCCUCGUUGUACAAAUCCUGCAUUUUCUAGUUGAUUUAUUGUUCGCCCUCCGGAGCCUGGGAUGGUGUUAAAGAUAUAUCUAUCGCGGGCAUUAUUUCCUAAGCUUUUCCAUGAUUCUGGGUGAUUUUGUCUAUCCAAGAUGUGUUUUUUACGGGGUCGGGGCGGAUUUAGGGGAGACAUCGCGACGGUCGACGUCGGGUCGCUGCGAAGAUUAUUCUCCGCUCCUAUUAGCGAUAUACAUAUAUAUAUUUUUUUCUCUUUUCUUAUGGUCCUUAUCGAUAGUAUUAUUGUUAUCGCCAGUAUCGUAAAUUUUAAAGUCGGCCAUGCACUGGGAUACGUCAUCGUAAGCGAGCGGGACGCGGGAUUCAUUUUCUACGGUUAAUUGUCGCGGGAAAUUUUCGGCGAACUGUAACUAGAUAAAGAAAGGAACGAGGGGAAAAGAGGAAAGAAAAGAAAACGCCUAUCUGGAACACGUGGCAUUUUAUGUAUGUCGCGGGCGAAACUCGGUUAACCGGAAUUCUUGCAAGCAGAAAAGGGCUGUCUGCAAUACGAGCAUUUUUAAAGCUCAUACGAUUAAAAACUGAUACGCAGUUCCAUUUAAACGCUAAACGGAGUUUCCAGUCAUUGUGGAUAGUUUUGUAUUAUUUUAUAUUUUCCUGUAUAUCGGCCCGCCGAGCUGCGAUUUAAUUUGCCGCGUCCGUCCCUUGGCUUAUCGUGGCGUAUCACACUUGAGGCAAAGAAAGUUCCUAAUAAUUGUUUCGGUGUCAUAUGGGAUUAUUUAUUCGCUAAAACGAGAGACACGGGAUGCUGCGGGGAGUGUGGGAUACGUGGAGACACGGUAAAGUGUGCACGGAAAGCCAAAUAAAGCACGACAAAAAGAGGGAAGAUUAACGAGAGGAAUAUAUGACGAGGAGAAAUAUCAUUUUUCCGUAUUUUCGACCUAGCUAUACAGAUGCACAAAUGUAAGCAGAUACGUAUAAUGGUUGUCAUAGAGUUAAAGCAGUAAUAAAUAAUGUGAAAAAGA